CUUUUAUUUAUUAUUUUCUUUCUUCCUUUUUUCGUUUCGUUCCAUUCCGUUGUUGUUUUUAAACAACAAGAAAAAUCUGUGAAGUCCCGGAAAAUUCCCUGAAGCGGCGAAGAGACAACUGGAGGAGGGAGGAGAGCGCUCUGCACUUCUGGUCUAAUGGACAGCGGGCCCAUUAUCACCCAGGUUAGCAAGGAAGAGGUGAACAGUCCUCUGCAGGAGAAAGGUGUUCAGAACCAAUCAUCUUCCAAGAAACCCAGGAAUCGCAGCAUCUUCCAAUCCCUCUUUUGCUGCCUUUGCCAUGACAACUCAGAGCCUAUCCCUGUCAACAACAAUGCCCCGCUGCUGGUGGAAGAAAAUGGUUCGGUGACCAAGGCUACAGUCAAAUACCUGUUGCCAGAAAUCAAGCCCCAGGAUGCCAGUAAAAUCUGUGUGGUCAUUGACUUGGAUGAGACGUUAGUGCAUAGUUCCUUUAAGCCAGUGAACAAUGCAGAUUUCAUCAUCCCAGUGGAGAUUGACGGGGUCAUGCACCAGGUGUAUGUAUUGAAGCGACCCCACGUGGAUGAGUUUCUGAGGCGGAUGGGUGAGCUCUUUGAGUGUGUACUCUUCACCGCUAGCCUGGCAAAGUAUGCAGAUCCUGUGGCUGAUCUGCUGGACAAGUGGGGAGCCUUUCGCGCUCGCCUCUUUCGCGAGUCGUGUGUCUUCCACCGGGGGAAUUACGUCAAGGACCUCAGCCGCCUGGGACGCGAUCUGACACGGAUCAUCAUUGUAGACAAUUCACCGGCGUCUUAUGUCUUCCACCCUGAUAAUGCUGUGCCUGUGGCUUCGUGGUUUGACAACAUGGCCGACACGGAGCUUCUUGACCUGCUGCCUUUCUUUGAGAGACUCAGCAAAGUGGAUGAUGUAUAUACAGUGCUAAAGCAGCAUCGGACUACUAGCUAGUGACCAUGGGGAAGGGGGCAGGGUUUUGGGCAGGGGAAGAAGGAGGGGUAAAUAAGCCCAUUUCAGCUGCUUCCUUCUGCUGAGCAGGAUGACCUGUUCCCUCAGCCUCAACAAGCAAUGCAGUGCCCAGGAAAAACCUGCAGGAGGCAGCAGAGAGCAAUUAUUCCCAUGAGGCACCAGGAGAAACUCCAGCAUCUGAAUGUGAUCUUGAACCCCAGAAAGGAAACCUCCUCGCUGCUACGGAUAACAGUUUGUCCCCCUUGAAUUAUGGGCUGCAGAAACCAGGACCAGCCCAUUUCUCUCCACACACAAACAUCAGAUGUGACCAAAACUAUGGUCCUUUCCCCUCUAAUCAGCACACUUCUUCAUUCAUUUGUCACCAUCUUGGGGAAAGAUACACAAGUUUCACUCCCAGGUAUUCACUGCACUUCAUUGAUACAUCUUUGCAUAUAUCUUCAUUGUCCCAAUUUCAGGAAAAGGGGAUUUUGAUGCCCAUAUUGUGUUUCUGAGCAUGAUGACUGAUGAGUUAGGAAAAGUUCAGAUUGAAAAUAUUCAAGAAAAGAUGGAGAAAAAAAGCUAAAAAGAACAAGCAGAAUUGAAAUGGUGUGGAUGGGAUAGGGGUGCAGAAAAGUGAUAGAAAGUUGUGAACAGACAACUGAAUUUUUUAGUGGACCUAGCUCCAUCUCUAAAAGAGAACAUAUUUCUGCUUUAUCAAACGACUUAGAGUUUUGGUUUGAAAUCUGAGAGCUGGAUCUUUUGCAAACUACAGAGGGGCUGUGGACUGUGUAUAGCCAUUACACAUAAGCUAUCUCUUGGGACUAAUAGUGAGGUCAGUUUUGUCUCUCGCUCCUCAUGGAAAUAUCCCCCCUUGUGGGAAAAAAAUUUAAAUUUCCAAACAUAGUGAGGGGAGAAGAGAGGGAUUGGAAGAAUCCCCAAUUUUAUUCAUGUUUUUCUCUAAAUUGGACAACAGAAGGGCAGGAGAUGUUUCAUGAGGGAAGAAAUGCAGGUGUGCUUUUCCUGCUGAGACAUAGGAUGAACCAGCUAUAUCACCUUUACUAGCAAGGGAAUAAGAGGAAGAAGAGUUGAAGCAGCUCAACCCACAAGUCCCUCUUUUUGAUCUCUGGAAAUAGAUCUCUCAAGCCAGUUCUGUGACUGGUUGUAUCAGGGUAAGAUGGUUCAUGAUAUAGACAUUCGCUCUGGAGAAAAGACUGAUGACAUUGGAAUGCAGAGAAGGGACUUAUUAAGAUGUUUCACGGCUAAGUGAAAUAUGGUUGACAAGAAAGAAAAUACUGUGGGAUGAACAGAAUGAUAGGGUAUUUCUAAAACAAGUUCUAGAAUUAAGAGAUUCUGAUAUUAAAGGACAGAAGCUGGGAAGCCAUGGUCCCAUAUGUUGCUGAACAACAUUCCUGGUUUCCCCAGCUAGUAUGACCAUUGAUGAGGGAGCACAAGUUGUACUUCAACAAUAUCUGGAAGGCCACAGGUUCCUCCCGCUCCACCCGUCAGCUUAGAUGUUAGUGAUACUGUCCUACAGUAUCUGUGUUGAAUACUUUGGAAUUGUCCUCUUUGCACCCUUUCCAUGUUCUGUGUCAGCCCUGACUUCUUCCUUCUCCAGCCUCUGAGCCCUCUUUUUACACUAUCCUCUCAGUGACAGGAACUCAACAUCAUGUGGAAUUAGGCUAAAGAGGGAGAGAAGAUGUGGGAGGUGUAUUCCUUGACCACUGUGUUUUUUGUCUUAUGCUAUAGUCAGUGCCUUCAAAUCCCACUGUCUCCCUAGAAUUCUGUAGCCUUUCUGGAUUUGUGGAGCAUGUGGGGAAAUUGUGCCUUUUAGAAGCAAUGGACCUGCUGGUAUAGAAAGAGGAGGAGAAAGCAGAGUUAGUGUGCACGGGGGUGUCUCCAUUUCUGCUGCUUUGUCCAUAGUGCUGUGGGUUCCCAAAGGUGGCGUUUCAGCAAAACUCAGCUGGCCCAUCCCUGUGGUUCACUAGGUUUCUUCCUACUUUUUCCAGGAACUUUGAAGCCUGUUUAAUAGGAGAGAAAUUUGAUACCAAACAAGAAUUGUCUUGGUGUUCUGCCUAGUGACCACUUAUAGUUACGGAUUUGCCUUGGUUUCUCUCCAGUGCCAUCUUACAUUUGCCUUAAAAUGUUUCUUGGAAUAUAAGAAUUCCUUGUGCCUUUGCCUAUUGCUCUUGGUUUGGUUUGGUUUUGUUUUGUUUUAAAGAUGCCAUAGACCUCAAGAACUCUAGUUCAGACUUAGGGUAGGCAGGUCUUGGUUCUCAUUGGUAGCUCAUUUUUGAACUUCACUGCCAAGGAGUUACUGAGCUGUCUUCUUUAAUAAUUAACAACUUUACAAUUAGAUUGUACCAGUUUACUGUUCCAGUGGACCAGAAAUGGUUGAUCACUGGAUCUGACCAGGCAGUACUGGUUAACCUACUGCUCCCUCUUCCUAAGAGUGACAGGAUGUUCAGAAAUCUUUUGAACAGGGCAUUGCAACCACAGCUGUCAAAUCAGGCAUGUUUGAAGUUGAUUAUUAAAUCCAGCAGGUCAUCUUUCAACAAUGCAUCUGCAGAUUCCUUGAACAGUGGACAAAAAUGUUCCUUUUUAUUUUGUAUUCCAUUUCAAAGGAACCAUUAAAAAAAACCAGCAUUAUCCUAACAAGCUGAAGUUAAAGACAGAGUGGAAGAAAGGAAAAAACAAUUGAGAGACAAGAGAAGCUUUCUUUUUCCUCAAGCCUACUGUCUCCUUUUUUUCCCUUCUGCUUCUUGUAGAUAUGGCAUCUGUUGUUAGUACUGUAUGGAAAGACCCAUAUGUCUAUAGUCUCUCCUUAGGGGUGUCUGAGAAAUUGAACCUGGCAAUUUUCUCAAUGACUUGCCAGAUUUGCACUUCCUGGAUGAACAUGUGCUUUGAAACACUGAAAAUAUGCUUUGAAGAGCUUUCUCCAGAUUUUAUAGCUCUUUAAAUGUUGUAUCACAGUUUUCAGCAGUGAAACUGUGUCAAAACACAUUUUAAAAUGUACAGUAUUUCUAAAAGAUUUUUUGAAAUUGAAGUAAGAAAAAGUAAAACGUAGUACAAAAUUUUCUCUAAUCAUUCCAUACUAUCUUUUAAGCCAAUCUAUAUUAAUAUUAGGUUGAAUUAACAAGAAAGAGUCUUGUGGCGUUUCUUAGACUGUUUUUUGUUGUUUCUCCAACCACAGAAACCCCUCCAGGAAAAAAAAGAUAAGGUUACAAUUUAUGUACACGUGUUGGGCAGAAAACUGUUAAAGAGUGAUUUACUUUUGUGUAAACUUGUAUUGCAUAUUUCUUUGCUGCUUCAAUGGAUCAUAGCACCAGCCCUCUUUGGCAUGUACAUAGUUUUUCCCAUUGGAGUAGCUAAACUUGGCCUGAUCUGAACUGUAUCUUAUUUCCUUUUCUCACCCUACCUCACUUGCCUCCUUAAUGCUGUGUUUGAUGGCGUAAGUUGAGAAAUUGAGAAAUUGCUUCAUUCUGGCAGGACCAAGAAAUCUUUCUCCCCUCUCCCCCAACCCAAGAGGCCAUGAGUCAGCUUGGGCCUAUUAGCGCUCUCAAACCAAGAGCUUCCCUUUUGAGGUUCACCCAAAUUCUGUGUAGGAAGUUGCCCUGUGCACCCCACUUUGGGGGGAUUUUGUAUUUUUUACAGGAUGUAGAAGAAUUUUAACUGGGCACGUUUUAGAUUAUAUAAAUAUGUAUAACAUGUAUGUGUAUGUGUAUAUAUUUAUAUAUAUAUAUAAAUAUAUAUAUAUUAGGAAAAAAAUAGGAAAUAAGGAAUGGGAAAAAGUAUUGAAGAUUUUUAUAGCUGUAUUUUAACGAUGUUCAUGGGAGAUGGUAAUUAUUUUUGUGGGCUUUAUUGUCCGUAUUUCUGAUAUAAAAGGAAAUGCAUUGGGAGUGUUUUUUGCCCAUGAGUUGACACUUCUAUUGAGAGGGCCUGUGCCGUCUCCAAGUGCCUGCUACCUCCCCUGUCCUCCCCCAAGCACAGUCUCUGAGAUGAAGGAAUGAAAUAAUCAGGUAGUAUUCAUCAGGGGCAGUGUUACUAGCUAAAUUUGUCAAGGGUUAUCGUGAGACCCAGUCAAUGCACUCAUGCCGCAGUAAGCUUGCUUCUUCAUCUACAUCAAAUAUACAGGGCCCAAAAUUGUUCCCUGGGAGAGAAAUGACUUCUUUCUCUUCUUUCUACUUGCCUUCCCACAUAGUCUGUGCUUCUGUCCACUUUUCCCUUCUCCACUGCUUUCUGUUCCCGCCAGAUAUUGGUUCUCACACCAACCAACCCCAUCAUGAUCCCUCGGGAGCAGCAAGCAAGCCCCUUAAGCAGCUGCUUGAGUGACACCUCUCUCACUUUUCCAUAGAAUCACCUUCCCACUGGGGCCACAUCCUAUUUCAUUUCUUGUAUCAGGAGGGCUAGAGGUAGAGUACCAGCAUGCCAAUUUCAACUCUAAUAGAGUAUUGGAAACCUCAGCACUUUGCUGGGAAAGUGCCUCUCGGUGCCAGCUUGAGAGCUCCAAGGAGCCACACAAAUCUCCAUCUAGACAUGCCAAGGCAACUGAGUUAGAUUGGCUACUCAUGCUCCUGGAAUUUUUGAAGUGGCUGAAUAAGAUGCCACAUCCAAGUCUCACAUUAUUAAUGUUACUAGGUUUCCUCCAAGCAGUUGUGAAUGGAGAAGGUGUUCUUCCUCAUUCAGAUUUUUCAGGCUGUCUGUAUCUGAUUACCACAAGCUGAAUCUUUAACCGUGGAUGAGAGUGUGAAAAAAUUGCCAAUCAAAAGUGCCUUCUCGCGGGAUUCAAAUUGUAAAAUAAUCUGUAAAGAAAAAAAUACAAAAGUGUAAAAGCAGUCUCUGCCUUUUUGUGCAAAGGAAAGUGAAAGCUGUGUUGAUAGUGGGAAUUAAAAAAAGGGAAGCAAUU